GAAAGAACCUGAAUCGCGGAAAAUAUAACACGUUAUAACGUAUAUCCUCACCCGUUAUACCUUUUCCUUCACUAUUCCAUGGGUAUGAAAGAAGACUUCAGAAAAGAAGCAGGUGUGCUCUAUAAGAACUGCCUACAAUGUUUAGCAGAACGACAAGGGACUGGAAAACAAAUCAGAAGUCAUUCAAAAUUUAUUGAAUGUCCAAAGUUUGAGGACGUUUUGUAACCUUGAUAACGUCGACCUUGGACCACAUAUAUCUGUGAGAUGCCAUGAACGAUACUACUACUGCAGGAAUUCUAAAUAUUACACAUGUAACAGAGGCUAAGAAGUUAGAUGACCAAUUUCUUUUUGCCACAUCAGCAUAUUCCCAAAUCAUCGCUACUCUAUGUGCACUGCUUUCAUGCGUGAUAACAUUUCACCAAAUGUAUUUCCACCUUAAGAACUAUACAUGUGUCGCUGAACAACGGUAUAUAAUAAGGAUUUUAGUUCUGGUUCCAGCGUAUGCCAUCUAUUCAUUUCUAAGUAUUAUGCUGGCUGUACAUGCAAUGCUGGAUAGUAUCUACGUAGAUUUCAUACAUGACAUUGCAGAAGCAUUCGCAAUUUAUAGUUUUCUGGCUUUGUGCUAUCAAUAUCUCAGAGGGGAAGGGAACAUAAUGCUGGAGCUCACUGGGAAAACUAUCAAAUUCAGCAUACUUUAUGGUACUUGCUGUUUUGCUGGGAAACCAUACACUAUCCUUUUUCUCCGAUUUUGUAAGAUAGCCACUCUUCAAUACACACUGAUUAAACCAUUUACGUCUUUCACUUCUAUGAUUCUGAUGGCUACAAAGAAGUAUACUGUGGGUGAUUUCGGCAUCACUUCAGGUUACCUGUACUUAUUUCUCAUCAACAAUAUUACAGUAACUCUUGCUGUAUAUGGCUUACUAUUAUUUUAUUUUGCGACUCGAGAGCAAUUGAAACCAUUUUCUCCAUUGCUCAAAUUCGCUACAAUCAAAUCAAUCAUCUUUUUUAGUUUUUGGCAAGAUGUAUUAUUUAGCAUAUUGGAAUGGAGCCAUGUAAUAACUACAACCAAUGGAUAUUCAGCUACAAUAAUUGCCGGUAUUUACAAGAAUUUACUAAUAUGCGUUGAAUUGGUCAUUGUUGCCAUUGCUCUACGCUAUGCAUUCCCUUACAGUAUUUAUGUAUUACAUCAUCCUCCUCGCCUAGUAUUUGAUGUUCCUUCCAACGAUUCGAACUGGCUGAAUGACGAUUUUAUGUUUUCUACAAAGCCAUCAGUUGAUUUCAGAGCAGCAGAUGAUUCAACUAGAAUAGACUUGAACAAAGGUGAUGCACGGUUGACACCAACAACAUUUGUUAGCUAUGCACCGUCAGGAGGAUAUGCUGAACCACUCCCCUGGGAUAUCGUUGACUGGCAAUCAGAUAAUGGUGGAUUUGAAAAGUUAUGGAGUAGUCAAAACUCAAAUGUAAUCCCAAGUAUAUCUGCGAGUAUCAAAGCAACUAUCGACCCUACAGAUAUACUUGUUGAUGCUGUUCACAAUUUCCAUCCUAAUUAUCGUCAUUAUACUCAGACCCAAAUGGAUGAAGACAGUUGAAGAUGCACGACAGUUCUGCAGAAAAAGUGCAAAUCACUUGACUUCUGCAGAAUACAUUCGACCAAAAGGAUAAUUUAAUAUUUACAUCGAUUAGUCACUCAAGUAUCGAGUGCUUUUUUCAAUGAUAUAUUGACCAUUCAAAUACACUGGAGUCUUUCUUCUAUGCCUUUUUCUUAAAAAUGAUUAUUUUGUUUCCCUUCUUUAAAUGAGUGGAAGCAUUCUCAGACAUGAGAUGCGAUUGUUUUCCAGUUCCAUUAAUCAAUUGCCAACUUCUCGUACUUUGGUUUGCUUCCUUUGACCUUGAAAUUUUGUUUUGUUUUGGUUGAGUAUGUAAAUAUAUUUUCAGUGGAUGGAGAUUAA